GCGCGGACGGGGAAGCAGGGUAAGGGGUGGGGCAACGCGAGACUCUCCUGGGGCCCUCCGCAGAGGGAUGGGGCGGCCCCGCUCUGAAGGACGCAGGGAGCGGGACGCUCGGCGGCGAGAGCGGACCGACGCCCGGACGCGCAGCAUUCGGGACUGACGUAAAAAGGAACGGGGUUGAGCCGCACUGGGGACUGUCGUCAAAGGGGCGGGGCGCGCCGCGCCGCGCUCGUGACCGACGUAAGGGGGCGGGGCGCGCCGCGCUCGCGACCGACGUAAGGGGGCGAGGCGCACGUCGCUGCCGGAGGCCGGCGGGCUCCAUGGAGCGCUACGCCGGCGCCUUGGAGGAGGCGGCUGACGGGGCCCGGCAGCAGGAGCGGCACUACCAGCUGCUUUCGGCGCUGCAGAGCCUGGUCAAGGAGCUGCCCAGCUCCUUCCAGCAGCGCCUGUCCUACACCACGCUCAGCGACCUGGCUCUGGCGCUCCUCGACGGCACGGUGUUCGAGAUCGUGCAGGGGCUGCUGGAGAUCCAGCACCUCACCGAGAAGAGCCUGUACAACCAGCGCCUGCGCCUGCAGAACGAGCACCGAGUGCUCAGACAGGCGCUGCGGCAGAGCCACCAGGAUGCCCAGCAGGCCUGCCGGCCCCACAACUUGCCGGUGCUCCAGGCGGCCCAGCAGCGGGAGCUGGAGGCUGUGGAGCACCGGAUUCGAGAGGAACAGCGGGCAAUGGACAGAAAGAUCGUCCUGGAGUUAGACCGAAAGGUGGCUGACCAGCAGAGCACACUCGAGAAGGCAGGGGUAGCCGGCUUCUACGUGACCACCAACCCACAGGAGCUGAUGCUGCAGAUGAACCUGCUGGAGCUCAUCCGGAAGCUGCAGCAGAGGGGCUGCCAGGCGGGGAGGGCAGCCCUGUGACGGGGGCCCUGCAGCCGCCUGCUACCCAGCAUGGGUCAGAACUUGCCACCCUGAUGUCUGCCCACUGCCCUCCCAGCUGCCUGCAGGGGCCACCCUUCUGAGGAGAGGUUGGUGGACCCUGGCCAUGCCUGUUACCCACUGAUAUCUGGGCUCUUCUGUCCAAACGCUAGAAUAGUCUCAGAAACGGGAGGCGGGCCCCGCCUGCCCGCUGUCUGCCCCAGGGCUGGGCAGGUAGUGGGGCUGAGGGGUUCUAGCACCUCCUCCCUCCAGGGGGCAUAUCCUGACCCCACCAGGCCUCAGCCCAAGUGCUUGUUCUGGGCUCAGACCCUCCCUUGGCAGUGAUAGUCCCUACAUGGAAGAGGCUCUAAGGCCCAAGCUCUGUGUGACUCAGAGAAAUAAAGGUGCCUCGUGGCCUGCAUGACA